UUCUAGAAUACACUUGUAAUAAACACAGUUGAGGAUUUCUUUUGCCGUUUGACGCGCGUUUGUUGGGUUGUUUUUUGAAAGAUUUGACUUUUGUCAUCCCGAAAACGUGCAGCUCGCCUUUGCCGAAAGCCGGACGGACUACCUACUAGGAUAACACACAGUGCUAAUCAGUUUCAGCGGCAAGAACUAAGUGAGUGAAAUAAUUUCUCCCAGGAUAUUCAGCAAAGCUGAUCGGUUUGUGCAGCGGGCUCCCUGCAGGGAGCAGCGUUUGGCCUUGGACUUUUAUGGACUGUACUCUUCCGUGUGCGUUGGAGACUUGAAAUCGAUCUCCCCGCACACUUGGACCGGAUUUGUUGUGUACUGUGCAAGUGCUAGAGCGAGCUGAUAUGCUAAUUAGACGACACGUUCGACUGCUGUUCUAGAAAAUACAUACACUAAAGUCGCGCGGCGUAUGCCUACGUCAAUCAGUGUAAACACAAACGGCUGCUCGUUGGAUAAACCGCAGGGUGACGGUGGGAUCAAGCAGCAGCAGCAGCAGCAGCGGUGUCAGAAAGUGCCUACUACGAUCGUUGUUGGUUUGCUAUCGAGCUGCUAGAGAUACGGAUAGACCUACCCACCACCCGCCGAGGAGAAAGAAUUUCGCACCAUAUAGCGCAACUAAACCCCACAGGCCAGAGAGGCAGAACCGCGGAGCAUUAGCAGUUGUUUGGCUACGGUAGCAAUAGCAAACCAGUCCGUGGAAUGCGAUUUGUGAUUUUUUGGCUCACAUUCGAGGCGCUACCGACCAACAAAUAUUAAACACGGAAUCUCAACUACAACACAAAAAAAAAAAAGAAAAACAACAACAAAUAUUAAAAACAAACAACCCGACCCGUCAACACACAUGCAGAUUCCACAGGCGGGCCCCGUUCGUAGUGUGCGCUGACAUUUUUGCGAACAGACAGGAAUGGCCAACUGUGACUGACUCGACUCGCUCACUUGGUCGGUGGUGAAUUUUUUCGACUGCUUUUAGGAAUAUUAAUAAAUCAUGAUAUAUCACACCGUCGACGGCAAGUGAAGAGUACGACGUAAUAGCAUCGGUCGGCUGUCGCGAUCCCGAAAUUUGCGGAACGAACGAACGAACUAGGGGGAAAGAGAACGAAAUCGGAAAACGGAGGAAAAAAUUUAAACUGACAUUGAACGUGAAACCAGGGGCCCCAAGGACAGGAAUGUAAAAGUUGUGCGCAAUCGAUUGCAGUGGGGAGCAACAGCGAAGCAAGCAGCAGCCAGCAGUCGAACUACCGAGCGGAGCUUUUAAAGUGUGGUGGGUGAGAGCAUAAAGGAGGCGAUGACGGUAUGCAGGUAGGCCUUGAAGCACGGUCGCUCGCUGAAGGAUACAAGUCCAAGGACCCACGUCAUAGCAACACGCGAGCCCAAUAUGAGAACCCACUUCUCUCCGGGUAAGUUACUCGUGACACGCUGCAAGUACUAGUGACCUACAGAGUCGACCGUUGUUGGUCCUGCGUGACUGUGCUAUAACAAAUCGUAAAGUUGGAAAGGAUAACGAACGAGUUCUAUUGCCUCAGUUUAUAGCGCUCCCAGAACUGCUGAUGUGUUGUGCGGUUGCGGUCAUCUGUGCUAGCGUAGUGUAAGUGAGUGCCCCGCACAUACCAGCAUAACUAGCAGGUGGCGAGUGUCGUGCUUUCGUGAGUGGCCCUCUCCCACUGUGUUGUUCUACCACUGACAUAUAUACUCAUUCGUGAGCGGUGGGUUACGUUCUGUAUGUGCACGUUACGUUCCCUCACCGAGUUGAACCCGAGAGUUGGCAGCCUGACUGGGUGGUUUUGAUGUGCCGAUGUGUGUUCUCUCCUUAUUUCUAUGUUUUAAUGCGUGAUUUGCUAUCAACAACACUCGCUGUAGAGUGUAUGUGGCGGUGAUAUAUACGAACGACGACAGAUCUUAUUUUGAGUUUCCAAAAAUAUUGACCUUGAACUCGUGCGCUCAGUUCGCACGUCGCAGCAAGCAAGCAGCCUGCUAGGGGGAGGCACAGGAAAGAAAAACAAGAGCGCACACAAAGUAUGGUGAAAAUAUUCGAUUUAUCCGUGCCUACUCCGAUGUGGUGGUGAGUUGGGCGAAGAAGAAAAAAAAACCCACAAUACUUUGGGCGAGCGUGUGUUUGAAUGUUGAAUUAUAUUCGCCGAACCGAAACCGAGGCCAAGUUCAGCUCCUUUUCACGAAAUGCCUCUAAUUUAUCAAUAAUAAUAUUCUGUCGGUUUCGAAGAAGUGAGAAGAGAAAGGAAAAUGUAGAAUAGUGUGUCGCUCGGUCGGAGCUAGUGUGUCGGUGUUGCAAGAAGGGUCGGAAAAAAUUGUUAGGAAAAUGCAGUGCAUGAAUAAACUUGUGAAAGAGGAGAAGGAUUCGUUGGAAGUAAGGACAUUUGUUAUCGGUGACAAGCAGCGUAUUAUGUAUUCACCGCGUAGUGUAGACACGAAGAAAACUGUCAAACUCGCCAUUGCCGUUCCGCAGUCAGUUUCGGCGUCGUCAAGCUGCUCGGCGGCCGUACCAGUGGGUAGCAGUGGCUACCAUAAUCAGCCACAGGACCGCGCUAGGAUUCAGAUCAUAGCCAAAACUUCCAAUAAACUCUGUGAAAGUGUAGCGCCCGUUCAGGCGCAGGAAGUGCACGUCAUCCGUGACGGGCGCUUUUAUGACCUUCAUCAUAACCAUCAUCAGCCACAGCAUGAACCGGCGCAUCGUCCACUCCAGGCCGGUUCACCGAAUCCAAGUAGUCUAAUCAUAACCGGCAGUGAAGUUGGAGAAUGUGACGGAGCGGAUCGCAUAGCACCACCAUUGUUACAUCAUCCUGCCACAACCUCCUCCGGUACUAUCAUUAUCGAUGGUCCUCAUCACUCAGUGGUUUCGUCCAGCAGUAAACAACAUCUACCCCCACCGUCAGCAGCGAACCUCAUGGUCGUGCAGCACCAUCAUCAACAGCAGCAGCAGCAACAACAGCAUCACCAUGUGACCUCUAUGCAGCCACCGCCACCGCCACCCCCUUCGGGAUGCAGUAGCGGUGGCAGCAGUGGAGCGACCACCGUAGGCGGUGGGGGCGGAUCCGGUAUGAUGCCCAAGAUGAUAAAAAGUGGCCAUGAGGAGCCUUCCAGUUCGAUGCCUGAUCUAGAGUUCGAUGGAACCACCGUUCUGUGUCGUGUGUGCGGUGACAAAGCUUCCGGUUUCCAUUACGGUGUGCAUUCCUGCGAAGGUUGCAAGGGUUUCUUCAGGCGCUCGAUUCAGCAGAAAAUUCAGUAUCGCCCUUGUACUAAAAACCAGCAAUGUAGCAUACUACGAAUAAACCGUAAUCGUUGUCAGUAUUGCAGACUGAAAAAAUGCAUCGCCGUUGGAAUGAGUCGCGAUGCGGUCAGAUUCGGCCGCGUGCCGAAGCGCGAAAAGGCUCGCAUUCUGGCGGCCAUGCAGCAGAGCACCCAAAACCGAGGGAACCAACGGGCGCUGGCCACCGAGCUGGACGAUCAGCCGCGCCUGCUGGCGGCGGUCCUGCGAGCACACAUGGAAACGUGCGAGUUUACCCGCGAAAAGGUCACCGCGAUGCGACAGCGUGCCCGUGAUUGUCCCUCCUACUCGAUGCCAACUUUGGCAUGCCCGCUGAAUCCGGCCCCGGAGCUGCAGUCGGAGCAGGAGUUUAGCCAGCGCUUUGCGCACGUCAUCCGCGGGGUGAUCGACUUUGCCGGCAUGAUUCCCGGCUUCCAGAUGCUGACCCAGGACGAUAAGUUCACGCUGCUGAAGGCCGGUCUGUUCGAUGCGCUGUUCGUGCGGCUGAUCUGCAUGUUCGAUUCGCAAAUCAAUUCCAUCAUCUGCCUGAACGGUCAGGUGAUGCGCCGCGAUACGAUCCAGAACGGCGCCAACGCACGGUUCCUGGUCGAUUCGACGUUCAACUUUGCCGAGCGAAUGAACUCGAUGAACCUAACCGAUGCGGAAAUCGGUCUGUUCUGUGCCAUCGUGCUAAUCACACCGGAUCGGCCCGGUUUGCGGAAUGUGGAACUGAUCGAGCGGAUGUACUCGAAGCUGAAAGCCUGUCUGCAGUCAAUUGUAUCACAGAAUCGGCCCGAUAAGCCAGAAUUCAUGCAAGAACUACUCAGAACAAUGCCGGACUUGAGGACGCUCAGUACGUUGCACACGGAAAAGCUUGUAGUGUUUCGAACAGAGCACAAAGAGCUGCUACGUCAGCAGAUGUGGAAUGCCGAAGAAGAUCUCGCCAAGAGUCCCAGCUCAAAUGGCACGUGGAGUUGCGACGGUAACAUCGUGGAAGAUGUUGCCAAGAGCCCGAUGGGCUCGGUUUCCAGCACGGAAUCGGCCGAAACUACUUCGGACUAUUCACAUACGGCUUCGUCUUUGAGUGCUUCGGCACCCCUACUUGCGGCAACUCUGUCCGGACAAUGUCCGAUCCGUCAUCGGGCUAGUUCCGGUUCGUCUGCAGAGGAUGAUAUUAUCGGUGGAGCGGCGCAUCUGGCGCAGAAUGGCUUGACGAUUACUCCGGUGAUUCGGUCGGUUGGAACGCAUCACGUACGCUACCGGAAGCUGGACUCACCCACCGAUUCUGGAAUCGAGUCCGGAAAUGAAAAACACGACCAUAAACCGGUUAGCAGCGGAUCGUCGUCCUGCUCGAGUCCACGGUCUUCGCUGGAGGAUCAAUCGGACGAUAAGCGCCACAUUGUGGAAAAUAUGCCAGUUUUGAAGCGAGUCCUUCAGGCUCCUCCCUUGUAUGAUACGAACAGUUUGAUGGACGAGGCAUACAAGCCUCACAAAAAGUUCCGGGCGAUGCGCCAACGAGAAAGUGAGGCAGAAUCUGCUCCUAGCUCAUCCUCAUCGUCGUCCACAAUCACACUUGCAUCACACUCGCCUAAGCCGUCGUCGUCCUCCGGUUCCAGCAAUUCAGCAGCGGUGGUCACAGUGCACAGUAGCAGCUCGAGCGGAGGUUCCCAAUCGCCUCCACAGCAGCCACAGUCUCAGCUUCAUAUGCAUUUAACGCGGCCACUGCAUCAGUCACCACACCAAAGCCUCCACAAUAAUCAUCACCACAACCAGCAACAGCAGCAUCAUCAUCAACAACAUCAUAUGCUGCAACAGCAGCAGCAGCAGCAGCAGCAACAACAGCAGCAGCACCACCACAACCACCACCACCAAUUAUCGGCAACUCCACCGGCAAGCCAUCAGUCGUCUUCCCUGUCCAGCACACACUCCGUUCUGGCCAAAUCUCUGAUGGAGCAACCAUCGAUGACCCCAGAACAGAUGAAACGUUCCGAUAUCAUCCACAACUACAUCAUGCGCGAGUCGCACCAACAGCAGUCGCAGCACCAUCCGGCAGACCACCAAGGAGGGCCACCCUAUCGAAGUGGUCUGCUCGUGUGCAGUCCUCGAUCCUCCUCGGUCUCACCCCUAACCUCCAGUAGUAGCAGCAGUAGUAGCAGUAACUCUUCGUCUGCAUCCGGCUGUCCAUUUUCCUCCUCCUCGACCAAUAACAACAACAACAGAUGGCAAGGAGGACCAACAAGUGUCAUUACUACGACCCGCCAGCAAACUCCCUCCCCAUCGCUCAAUUCCACCGGAAGUGCCGACACUUCCUCUUCCAGUACAAGCAGCAGCAUCCGCUACUUCCAGUCACCACAUUCGACUUCGAUCUCGCCCCCGGUUGCUGCUCUGGUUCCGGCAAGCACCACAACCGGUUCCAUUGGGUCACCGCAGUCCACGUCCUCGUCACCGAUUGUAACCGCACCUUCCCCAUCGCCCCGUCUGCUCGAGCUUCAGGUCGACAUCGCCGGUCACGGUGCGUCGACAAACGGAGCCGUUGAUGCCCCGUUGAACCUCUCGAAAAAAUCUCCCUCCCCUGCUCCAAUGCGACCGAUGGCCGCCUCAUCCUCUUCCACGGCAAAUGCCGCCUCCACCACAACCACCACCAACAAUACCACCUCCGCCAAUGGCCCGAAUGGCACUACGGCCACCAUCCAUAAGGUGCUGCUGGAAGCAUAAGCCUAACCGGAAUGCAACUACUAAAAAACAACCAACCAACAAAGAAAAGCAGUAAAAGAGGCAGAUCAGUUUACACUUGCUGUACAAAGUUUAUGCUGUAAGAGUAACUACUCUAGUACGAUAGUAUUUUAUAACAAAAGCAAAAAGGAAGAAAACAAAAUCAGACAGUGUAAGACCGAUCACGGGAGAAUACUACUACUACUACUAUUACUACUAUUACAACUACUACUAAUUGUGUACAUUGUUUAAUCAGACUCAAUCUACGCAAAUGAGCAAAAUCAAUGGAAAUAAGCAAAAUGUUGAUAUUUUAUAAAGCAAGCAUCAAGCAAGAAAAACAUGAGGAUCUCUUCCCCUUUCCACAUGCUCCCUCCUCCCACAUCCUCUUCCAUUCCUUAGAAAACCAAGAAAACAGACGUAUGAUGGAGGACUAGAAAGCAGAAGCACACAUACACACACAUCAACGAAAUUCAUCAAAUGCGAUUGCAAAUCGACAAAGAAAUGGUGUGAAUGAUCGAAAAACUAAAACGUAGUAAAAUCAGAUCGACAGAGAGAGAGAGAGAGAGAGAGAGAGAGAGAUAUCAAACUAGGCUGGCUGGCUGGCUGGCCAGCUGAGAAGCAAAUUGAGCUAAUCAUAUGCAUCUAUAUAUGUGUAGGCAUGUGUGCGUUUGUAUUUGUGUAUGAAUAUUUGCGAGUAGUAACAACAAGCCAAAACAAUACAGAAGAAGAAGAAGAAGACACGAUUCCCUUCGAAUUCCCAUUUCAAUACAUGUUGCUGAAACCACAACCAGCAGUGGGAAAACAGAACCAUCGUCGCCAUUUGUAAAUAGCGUCGGAGCAUAGGAAAAAAAUGAAACCCUCCCUUCUCCCUUAAAGAAGCAGAUCAGAGAAAAGCAGAUACGAAAUACAAAAAAAAAAAUAAGCAGGAAACAAUAUUCCAAAUUUUACCAAACACAUUUUUUUCAGUGUGUGCGUGUGGUAUCUGAUAAACAAUGAAAUAAUUAAAUCAAAGUGAGAUGAAUACGUUUUUAAGGCAGUGUCACGAAGCAGAUGUGGAUUUAGCAGAUAACGAAAAAAAAAUUACACACAGAACCGUACUUUAACAUAAGUCAGAAAUAUUAAAGUAAAAGCAAAAAGAGAAUCAGUGAAAUUAUCAGUUCUUUCUAAUUUCCAAUUUCACACACAUAAAAAAAGAUUAUUUAAAACUACUUUUAAAUGAAGGAAAAAAAUGAGAAAAACUCAAGCUUUCAGCUUGUGCAUAAACCAAGUUAAACAUGUUGUAAAUAGUGUAAUUAGGAUUAUGAUUAUUUUUUAAAUUCAAGAAAAAAACAAGCAGAUUUUUAUUUAUUGAAACAAAUGCUUAUCGUCUUCUCUUUAUUAUCUUCUAUAAUAUUUUGUCCUUCAUGUUGUUCGAUCCAACAGAAAAAAAAGUGUAAAUAGCAAUCGAAUGUAAAAGUGCUUAGAUUAAAACCAACAACUACAUACACCCACACAACACACGUGAGACCAAGUUUUAAUUUAAAGCGACCAUUUUAAAUUGACAGAAUAAGUUUUUUUCCUUUAUAAUUAUGAUUACUUUUUUUUAAAUAACAAGAGAAGCAAAAAAACUUUAUCAAAACUAAGACAAAAGGAUCAAUGUUUUUAAAGGAAGCAAACACUGUAAACAAGAGAGAGACUAAGUUUGAAAAACUUGCGAACGAGCGGAAUUUGAGUGAGUGCGACAAAAAAGGGCGGUAGUAAAGGCGAGAUGGCACAGGAUGGCAAUCCUGGCGAUUUAUAUUAUUACAACUACUACUACUACUAUUACUACUACUAGUAAGCAGAGUACGAGUAAUUGAAACAGUGAGAUAAAACGGAGAGCGAAAAAAAGCUGGCAAGAAUCACACCCCCGAAAUUACUGCAGAAUGUGGAAGGAGAAAACGAAAAAUAAAGUAAAAAAUCAUAAACAGGUGGCGAAAAAAUGUGCAACAGAAAAAAACAACCCUACAUGUGUAAGCAGAAAGUCUAGCGUUAGAAGUAUAGCUGUGUAACUCUAAUAAACAAAAAACCCGCAUGCAAGAGAAAUUGAAUGUGGACCCGAGUGAAUGACGAAUUUGAGUGGAAGGGCAUAAAUAAAGAAAACUAUUUGAAAAAUAUAACAAACCAGGAGACAACACACACACAUACAUACACUCACUCACAAGCGCAUGUGCAAGCAGAGUAUAAAAGGAAAAGUAAAAAUUCAAGCAAAAAAAAACAACAAAAACACUAAAUUCAUAUAAUUGUAUUGAAAGUCAACAAAAUGGAGAUGAACAUAAGAAGUAAAACACAGGAUAAUAAACGACAGCGAGUCUUAUAAUAGAGAGAACAUAACACAAAAAAAAACGAAGAAACAAAACGUAUUGCAAUGCAGAUGCAGAUGAGAGUAAUCUAGGGACAAAAAAACACACAUUUUGCUAGAACAGGAAAUAAAACAAGCAAAAGAAUAGUAACAGAGAGUAAGAGUAAACAAAAAAAAAUAAAUAAAUACAACAACAAAACAAACAACACAAAAAACAGUUGAAU